UUUUUUUUAUAUUCUUAUCUCGACGAUCUCUAGAUUCUAUCUAUAGAUCUAGUCUAUAUCCUUCUUAAAAGUUUUACAUGCCUUUAAGACAACCAUUUAUCUUCCUUCUUUGCAGAAGUGCUCGGGUAUUGACGUGUUCACUGAAACGGCUCAGUUGUUUCAGAAGUAUAACAUUCACAUUGUUAUCAUCGACUAGAGUUGAGGCUAGACCUUACUUUGGCAGUGGUAGACUUUUCUCUUCGAAAUCCACAAAAACAAUGGCAUUAUCAGAAGAAGAAGCCAAAAAGGCAUGUGUUCCACCACCAAUUGAAACAGAGGGCUUCUUUUUCCAACAAACUAUGCUGAGAGUAAAAGAUCCUAAGAAGUCUCUGGAUUUUUAUUCAAGAGUCAUGGGCAUGACUCUGUUGCUCAAACUAGAUUUUCCAGCAAUGGAUUUUUCUCUUUACUUCAUGGGCUAUGAGAAUCCAGCAGAUAUUCCAACUGACCAAAAAGAAAGGGUCAAGUUUUGUUUUUCUAGGAAAGCUACACUUGAACUUACUCACAACUAUGGAACUGAAAAUGAUGAAAAACAGUCUUACCACAAUGGCAAUUCAGAUCCUCGUGGUUUUGGUCACAUAGGCAUUGUAGUACCAGAUGUCUACAAAGCUUGUGACAGAUUUGAACAGCUUGGAGUACCAUUUAUUAAAAAGCCAGAUGGAGGUAAGAUGAAAGGACUUGCAUUUAUCCAAGACCCAGAUGGAUAUUGGAUUGAGAUACUUAAUCCAGUCAACAUGGCUAACAAUUAGGAGAGUUGCCCAGAAAGAUUUUUACACAAACUUGUUUGAAAUAAAUUGUGAAAUUGA